AUGACAUCUCGCGACCCCUCGACGUACGAAAGCUCAGAGGAAAUCUUCUCCUCGACGCUGACGCUCCCUCAAAUCCGAUCGCUCCACAAAGCUCUCCAUGUACAAAUUGACGAAAAGUCCAGCCGUCUGCGCACGCAAGUCGGCGGGUCGUACCGAGAACUGCUGGGCACCGCCGACGCCAUUGUUGGAAUGCGACGCGACAACGACGAGGUGCAGCAUGUCCUCGCUACCAUGGGCAGCCGCUGCGGGCGGACAGUUGUCACUUCCAAAGCUGCCAACCUGAAAAGCUUUACAGCCAAACAGGAGAAUUCUUCUGCCUCGGCUGCGAUACGACUGCGUCUUCUGGAGGCCUGUGCCUUGGUGUCGGAGCGCCUUCUCAACGGUGGCAGCGGACUCAGAGAAGGCACAACAAAGGGUGAUCGAUUGGUUCUCGCAGCAAAGGUUCUUGCGCUGAGCAGGCUUGUAAUAAAGAGCCUCAGCGACAGCGCCUCCCCGCCCGACACUCACGCCUCAGCAGAGGUACUCAAAAAAUCGCUGGACGCGCUCCGGCGACGUCUGCGAAGACGUGUGGAAAAGGUUCUUGAGAGGCCUAGCGAUGACUCACAACGUCCCGACAUCCUGAAGGCGUUGUGUGUUCCGAGUCUCAUAUCAAGCUCUGGGGCAAAGGAUGCUUUGCGGUUUUUUCUAGAAACGCGCAAAAACGCCAUGAUCCAAGCAUUUGAUGUCGAAGAGAGCGAGCGAGCGCGUACGCUUGAGAAUGUCAUGCAUGCACUGCGGAUAUAUACGCGAACACUGCUAGACGUUCAAGCUUUGUUGCCGACAAAGCUUCCCGAAGCACUGUCCAAUCUCAAGAAGCAUCCACUGGUGGAAGAUGAGACCUUGCAGGGCAUUGAAAAUCUACGACUAGAUGUAUAUGGACGGUGGUGUACUGAAGAGUUUCAAUACUUUACGCCAUUUAUCCGACACGACGACCUCGACGGCAAGCAGGCCCGCGAAAUGCUGUCAAAGUGGGCGGAAGAUGGAUCUCAGUGUUUACUCAAAGGCCUCAAGCAGACAUUGGAGGAAAUGACAGAUUACAAACACAUCAUGGAGCUUCGUACAAAGGUUCUUGAGCUCUGGAUACGAGAUGGCGGCAAAGCCAAGGGCUUGGAUCCGCAAGAACUGCAAGAUAACUUGCGCCAGGUCAUCAAUGAACGCAUGCAUGCAGUCUUGGGGAAUAAAGUCUCAAAACUUCGACUAGUCGGUUCUGAAAUUACGGCUACGCUUCAAAAUUGGCAGCCUGGUGUUAGCGACAAGCAAGAAGAGCUCUGGGAUCCGGCCGGCUACGAUGACGCGCUUGCGAUUGGCGCAGCACAAUUCUUGCAGGAGGUUGAUUCACGACUAUACGGAAGGAAUAACGCAGUUUCCAAAGCUGUUAACAGUUACAUGUCCUGGUACAAGGUCAUUGACGAUGUCAAACAUAUCGUUGAUGCGCUCAAAAAGCAGCGCUGGGACAAUGACUAUGACGAGGUAGAAGACGAAGAGACCAUCGAGGCAAGACAACAGGCGCUAGGCAAGGAAGACCCCAAGCAGCUGCAAGACAAGCUCGACUCCGCGCUAGACAAGGCAUACAAGGAGCUGGAAGCUCACCUGACGGAACUGUGGGAAAAGGAGAAGGAUGGGAAGCACAGUAAGGAUGUUGCGACGUAUUUCUUGCGUGUAAUCCGCGACAUCCGAAGCAAGCUACCCGACCGUGUCGCGAUACAGACGUUUGGCCUUGACAUGUUGCCCGCUUUGCAUGCCAAGGUCGCUCAAGACGUGGCGGAUGCAGCCAUUGAGGACUUUUCACUUUCGGGGCUCUCUGUCCGGGUCGUCGCUGGCAAGCCGCUAUGGGAGGGCGAUCCUCUCAUUCCCAGUCAGCCCUCGGCGGAGCUAUUCAAUUUCAUGCAUGGUCUGUCAAUCACCAUGUCAGAACUCGGUAUCGAUUUAUGGACCGCGGGUGGUCUGAAAGCACUGAAACAGAGACUCGGUGAAGGGCUGCGCGUUGCGUGGGCAAAGGAGCUAGAAAAUUUGACUGGCAAGGUCUGUUCCACGGAUGAUGCGGUCAAGGCGAAGUCGUCAAAGAAAAAGGCAAAAAAGGGCAAAAAGCCCAAGGACGAGGCCAACGAGGCGGACAAGAUGGAAAAUGCCGAUGGAAAAGCAGAUGAGGAGGCCGCUGACGACGACGAAGAAGAAGAGAAAGGCGCCGAUGACAAGCGGGCUAGUCCAGAGCUGGUCAAAGAUUUAUGCACGCAGUGGUUGUUUGAUAUUGCAAUCUUGCAGAAUUGCGUUGGAAAGGACGAGACUGCGGCAAAGAGUCUUGCGCACCUGGCAGAGCAGGUAUACAAGCACACGGGCAUCAGUGAUGAGGCUACGCGCAAGCGCAUUGUCAAGCAAGCUGGUGAAUUCUGGCAACGCAUCAGCCUGCUCUUUGGCUUGUUGGCAUAG